AUGUCCACAUUAAUCUCAGAGGGGAUAUCCUUCUUCCGCGACCGAAUCGAGAAGCGGAGGUACGAAAAGUUAUUCUCCCAUUGCCUGAUUGUUCCAUCCUCUUCUUCAUGCCGUCCGUAUCCCUCUCGUCUCGUUCUCUUGUCCUCUGCCUCGUGAUCCCUUACCUUCUCUUUUCAGAUUUGGCGAGGAAACACUUCGCAUCUUGGAGUCGGUCUUAGCUUCGAAGGAUGUGAAGUCUCUAACUGACAUCCGGUCAGUGCUGCGUGAGCUCCUCAGGUCUGAAGCGAAAUUUGUCCUGCAAGAAAUGGCCGGGAAAGUCACUUAUCAGAAGCUCUUCGUCGUGGAGUUUUUAAUUCAGGCCUUUGCUCUUUUAGGAGACGUGGAGGCGAGUAGCUAG